AUGAGAAUGGCUGUUACUCCAUUGUAAGUUUCUAAAUCACUACCUCCAGUUCCUAUGCCCAUAAUGAAUACUCCAGUGAUAGUUGACAGAGGUAGACAGAAAGUAAAUAACUAUUAGUGGCAAGUUUGAAUCAUUCUACAAUAUUCAAUAAAGAAUCUCCUAAAAAUACACUUAGUGAAUAAUAGUUGAUAGAAUUAGAAACCAGAAUUCUUAAUCUUGAAUAAGAUUCUUCAGCAAAAUUAAAAUGUGAAAAUUUGAUCCAAGAAAAUAAAAAUCUAAUGCAAUAAGUUAGUCAAUAAACUGAGGCUGUAGCUAAAUUUAAGGGGGAACUAAAGAUUGCUAAAAAAGAAAUCUCAAAGUAAAGCUUUAAAAUAUCAUAAAAAGACUUAAGAAAGUAUUAGAUAUAAAAGAAGAAGCCUUAACGGAUAUUAGAAUUAAAAAUCAUUCCAGAAAUUUAUCAUAAUCUGAUAAAAUAGUCCAACAAAAAGAAAUGAUGGAAUAGUAAUAUUUUAAAGAAAAACUAUAAUUAUAAAAUUAGAUUAAACAACUUGAAGAAAUAUUAGAACAAGAGCGUUCUCAAAACUAAAAUAAUUAGACUUCUCUUUAUUUUCAAUAACAAUAAAUACUUAUUCAGAAUCAAUAAAUGGACUAUUAAAUUUAAUAAUCUUAACCUUCUUUACAAACAUAUAAAUGCAACCAAUUAAAAAAAAAUGAUUAAUAUUCAACUUCUUAGAAUAGGAAUUCUAAUUAGGAAGGAGGAUUCAAUCAAAUUUUUUAUAGACCUUGUCAUUAAGAUAAAUUAUAUUAAGUUCCUAGUAAAGGAAUAACAAAAGAGAGUAGUUCUCCAAAAUUCAAUAAUUAAAGUUUUCCUUUAUUAAAAUUCAAUUCUAUUGCUUAGGAAAACUUGGAUGCAAAUAGCUAAUUCGAUUAAAAAAAUAAAUCCAUUGAUCCAAAAGAUUAAUUUAAAACUCAUAAUUAAUUAAAAGAUCAUAAUAUGAUAUAACGAAAAUCAUUAUCUUAGAUUACAGAAUUGAUAAAUUAAAAUGAACAUGGAUAAAAUCAAAGUAAAGAAAACCAUUGUAAAUACUUCGAGAAAAAUUGUUUAUAAUCACCAAAUUAUUCAUCCUCCAAUAUCUCUAAAAAUAAAUUAUUAUAAGAAUUAGAGGAACUGAAAAAUGAGGUUAAUUUCUAAAAAAUAACUAUUUAAGAUUCGAUUAAAAAAAUAUCAAUACUAGAGUAAGAAAAAUCUAAUGUUAUUGAUAAAAAUGAAAAACUUCUUCGAGAAUUUCGCAAUUAAGUUGAUGAAAUAAAAAGAAAUGAUUUAAUAAGAAACAAUAUACAAAAUGAUGUUAUAAGACUUGAAGAAACUCUUUAGUCUUAAAAAAUACAUUAUGAAACUUAUAUUUAGGAUUAAUAACUUAAAUAUAAUCUUCUCGAAUAGAAAUUCUAAGAAAAUUAAAUAUUAUUAUAAGAAAAUCUAAAAGAAUAGACUAAAUUUGAGUAAGAAAAUUGCAUAUUAUUGAAAAAUCAGUUAGAAGAAAAAUAAUUAGAAAUUCUGAACAUUAGUCAAAAAGUCCUUAAUUAUAAAAAUAAAAAUGAUUAGUGUGAAAUAUAAAUAAAUCAAAUGAAAAAAUAAGAACUAGACUUAAAAUUAGAGAUUGAAAAAAUCAAUAAAUAAUAUCAUUAAGUUAAGAAUUAAUUUGAUGAUACUUUAAAAAAUCUGAAUGAAGCACAAAAUCAAAUGUUAAAGAUGUAAUCUUAAUUUUAAUCAGAAUUUUAAUUAAGGGAAAAAAUAGAAUUAAAUUAUGCUAUCUUAUAAAAAGAAUUUAGUCAAUAUAGAGAAAACUCUAUUCUAUAAAUUGAUAAUUUAUAGUCAUAAGAAAAACCAAUGAAUAAUUUCAACAAUAUAGAGUAAAUUUAAAAUCUUUAACAAAAAUAAAAAGUAGAAAAAAUCAUAAACUUUGAAUAAAUUGAUCAAGAUAUUACUCAACAAUUAUAAAAUGCAAAUAAUACUAUAAAUGAAUAGAGAGAAUAAUUAUUUUAGUUAUAAGAAACAAAUUAAAAAUUAGAAAAGGAAAUUGAAGAUUUGAAGAAUAAAUUUUCAAAGUAAAAUUUAAUAUUAACUUAAUUGAAAUAAGAUAAUACUUAUAAAUUUGAUAAAUGUAAUAACUUAAAAUUGGAUUUAUCUAGAAUUCUUAUGGAUGAAUAACAGCAAGAAAAUAUUUAUAAUGAGCAAUAAUAAAUUGAUUAACUUAUUCUUGAAAAUGAUUCUAUUCCUAUUAUUUAUGAUUUAGCUUAUACAGAAUAAAAUUAGUUAGAUUAAAAAUUAUAGUAAAAUAAUCAGGAUAUGGUCAUUCAAAAAUAAUAAAUUGAUGAACUAAUACAAAUUAAUUAAGAAUAGAAUACUCAGAUUUGUAAUUUGAAGACUUAAUUAUUAUAGUUAGAGAUAAUAACAGAAAACUAAAAAGAGUAGAUAAAUAAAUAUGAAAAACAGUUUAAAUAUGUAUUAAAAGAUGAUAAUAAAUUAUGUUAGUAAAAAUAAACAGAACUAUAUGAAUAUAAUGAACCCACAUCUUUUAAAAGCUGUAAUCAUUUUACUUAACUAAUUAAUUAAUAGGUUAAAUAAAGAGAUUAAGAAAAUAAAAAUUUAAAGAAAACCAAUAAUUUAACUACAUAUGAAAUACAAACAGGAAAAAAUGAGAUUAAUUUACUCCAAAAAAAAAUACAAUAAUAAAGUGAUAUCAUUAAAUAAUUAAAUUAAUAGUUAGAUAAACUUAAUUUUUAGUAUUAGAAUCUAUUAAUAGAAUAGUAAUCAAAUAAUCUUUAAAUUGAAUUAAAAAAAUCAGAGUAUGAGUAAAUGAAAAAACAUCUUUAAACAACUAUUUCAAAAUAAAAAAUUUCUUUAGAUUAAAAAGAAAUCGAGAUAUAAAAUAUUAAAUAAUAAAAAUUAAGUGUAAAUGAUAUGAAUUAAUUAGAAAUAGAUAAAAUUAAUUAAUUACUAAUCAUGAGUUAAGAAAAGAUUGAAAUUUAAAAAAAAGAGCAACAUAAAGAUAUGUAAAAAAAUUAAGCAAUUUAAUAAGCCAACAAUGAAUUGAAAAGCUAAUUAGAAAGAGUACAAGAUGAAAAUGCUGAUUUACAUGAUAUAAUUAUUGAGCUAUAAAAAGAAAAUGUAAAUUUAAGAGAUAAUCAUUAAAAAUUAAUUAAGAAAUUAGAUGAAAAUAAUUAGACAAAAGAAUAAAUUAAGGAAUAAUAUGCAUAAUUAUAAUAAGAUAAUAUCAUUUUAAGAAGAUAAGUUAUUACUAUUAAUUAAUAAUGUGAAAAUUUUCAAGCUGAAUAACUAAAACCAGGUUUUAUUACAUCUAAAAAUAGUAAAAAGAUUGAUGAAUUAGAGAGGGAAAAUAUAGCAUAUUAGAAAGAAAUUUCAAAAUUAAAAUAAAUGAUAGGAGAUUUAUCAAAUAAUCAAAAUUACAACUUUAAUUAAAAUCCAGAGAGAAAAUUGUCAAAUAGUUCUCAAAAUUUAUCACAAAAGAAGCAUCUUUUUGAUCAAAAUAGUAUUAAAUCUAAAAAUAAUUGA